AUGGGGACUCCUGCAGUUUACUCGUCUCUCGAAAAAGAGGACCGGCCCGAGAAUGCUGCUCGCCAAGACGCCAACCACCGUCCUCCUGCACCUACGGUCGAGAACGACGCCACAAAGGGCUUGUACAAGCUCGACAACUACUUGAAGGCCUACAUCAUCAUCUUGGGCGUGUACCUCUCAGCCGCUCUGUUUUCCGUGGCGUGGUCCUACACGGGUGCCUUGCUUGACAAUGACGCCUCCAAGAGACGCGUGUUCCGCACAAGCGAGAAGCUCCCCGUCGACCAGCUAUACUCCGGUUUAGCUCUCUCGGCACUCUUGGCCCCUGCUGGCGUCGUUGUCCAAUGGGUUGUACACGACUUUCGUCGUCUUCAUCUUUUUGCGUUGACCACGCAGAUGCCUGUUAGGAUCAGAGACUUGGACGAGAUUGGUGACAACUUUAGUGUCUGGACGUUAAGGACCGUGGCGAGAUACUCUUGGUGGUAUGGCUUGAUGCAGACCGUGCUAAUCUUGACGCGAACUCUCCUUGUACCCGUUGGUACCCUCAGCCUUACAGUUGGACCAUACACCCAUUACGAGGAAGGCACUGGUGUCAUUGGACUUCCCCUGGCACCAGCUGACGCGGCCACAAACAACAUCACAUCCCUUUCAACCGCUAUGGGUACAAGCAACGGAACCGAGUUUCGACCUUCGCUUGCCAAGAAUGACACCUUCCUUACUCAGGCAGUGUACACCUUCGUCGGUAACCUCGUCAGCCAGAGCGCACUUGUCAAUGUCGACUCGGGGAUACUCGGCCCAGUACCCACACACAACCUGACCUUCCAAGCGAACACUACCUACGACGGACUUGUAUACUUUCACUGGGACGCUCACUGUGAGGCUGCUGAUGAGGUGACGUAUAAAACCCACCAGAGCGGCAGCAACACCACCUACAACUUUACUCUUCCAGAUGGAAGCGUCGAGAGCAUCGAGCUUCGGGGAAAGUCGCAUGGCUCUCAGAGGCUGAGGCUAUGGAACAACGCCUCGACCGAGAGCACCAACAAGAUCCCAACCGGAGGCUCUACAUACUUCCUCUCGGCCACUCGAACAAUCCCAACCAUCAACGCCACCGCGCUGCGGGCCAAGGGAUCCGACAACAGCCUUGUUCAGACCGACGAUGGAGACUGGAUAUCUCGGACCAAGUGCACGCCUUCUCUCAAGUGGUCAAUUGGAUCAUGUCACUUCAACGGAACUAUCAUGACGGACUGCAUGCCUUCCCCACGAUCCAACACCUCCGCGCUUGACACUGAGGCACUGAAUGCACUUGUUGUGUACAUGACAGCUAUCCCGUGGUACAUCUUCGAGAACCAAAUCGCCAUCGUCGACGACACACUAGACGCCCUCUAUUCGAUCCCAACCUCGGAAGAUCUGGGUCACUUCUUUGGAAACAUGGCUCACGCAAUCGUCUCCAUCAGCACCGCCGGCUACUUUGGCACUUCAGAAGUUCCCACUCUCUCCCGCGUCAUCGAGCAAGUCUACAUCGUACGCUGCAGCGUCCUAAUAGCAGUUACAGUCAUGCUUGGCCUCUCCGUUGCAGUCUCUGUCCUCGACAUCAUCCGCAACCAGACGCGCGGUCUGCCUUACCUGCCCGCCGACUUCUUGGCGAUCGCACACGCUGUACGUGGACCGUGGUGGGACUACGAGCUGGGAGGAUACAAGCCAUGGGGCAUCACAAAGUCACGGGAUCCCAAUUCCACUGUUAUGUUUGGCAUUGAUAACUCAGAUCCGAGGUACAUAAGACUGGCACCGUCCGUCGUGCCUAUUCAUCGAUAA